AUGUCAAGCAUGUCCAUCGACGAGGGUCCCUUGCUAUACACUCCGCUCACAACAUCCGGCACAAUUCACCUGUUAACACUUCUGCCACCAAAGGAAGCAAAUGAUAAUAUUGAGUGCAGCUUGUCCCUAGCACUUCUAGACGAUGAACCCGCUUACGAUGCUCUCUCGCACGUUGAACCUAUCGCCCUGUGGGCUGAUGCCAUUUGUAUCAACCAAAGCGACCUAGAUAAGCGCCGUAACCAGAUUCUGCAAAUGCGUCGCAUCUACGCUUCAGCUCAGCAGACCCGUAUCAUGCUCGGUGACGAUGAUCACGAAGCUGAGGACGUUCACUUGUGUAUUCCGUUUGUAGCAGCACUAUCCGAGUGCUACCGCGAACUGGAAAGGUGGAAAGCUGAAGGUCGUGAGCAUGCCAUGGAAAAGAUGAUUUCAGAAAUGUGGGCAAGGUUUCCUCCAUCUGAGGAUAUCUGGAACUUUACCUCCGCCAUGUUAUCAAGUGCAUGGUUUACCCGAGUUUGGACCAUACAGGAGCUUGCAGUCGCUUCAAAGGCCCUCAUAAUCUAUGGGCAAAACCAGAUAGAGUGGUCGCGACUUGAGGAGGCCAUCAGGAUGGCGCAGCUUGCCGACCAAUAUAUCAAAUUGCAUCGUCGGGAAAAUUGGUUCAGACAAGAAAACGGCACCUUGGCUUUUCAUAUUCCCAAGACGGGUACGAUAAUCAGAGCCGUUGAUAUGUACCAUAUCAAGCUUCUUUCCGAGGUCAUGCCAACAUCACUUGUUGCGUUACGGCGACGGGUACAAGAGAAUAAUCCUGCUAACCUCCUAUCAGCAUUGAAAUAUGCUUGCUACCACAAAGCAACGGAUCCAAAGGACAAGGUGUACGCGUUGCUGGGCCUCAUUGACGAAGAUGAAAGGGAAAGAUACGCAGUCAAUUAUUCUAUUCCGGUUGAGCAAGCCUAUGCAGCGAUGAUGAAGGUAAUGCUUCAGCACGACCCUACAAUGAUGGCUCUCUGCUUAGCCGGGACUGAUCAACGCUCCACUGAUGAUCUUCCGUCGUGGUGUGUUGACUGGAGAACUUUGAAGAGGGCCAGCUUCGAUAAUAGCGAAGUAUUGGAUCGAGAAUGGCUCUUUAACGCAACCAAUGAGGACUCUCGUCAAUGGUCAGCAGGUGGUGAUGAUCAAGAGUUACUUGUAUACUCAACGCAAGACUGGCGGAUUCUCAGGAUCAAAGGCACCAUGGUGGGAGUAAUUGGAGCCGGCCGCUGGAUCUGCUCAGUGGGAGACCACCUAAAAGCAACAGAGGCUUGGAAAGCAGAUGAUUCUGUUGCAAUUGAAGAAUACUAUCGUACAGAGCUUGGUCUCCCAGGGGCAAAUAUACACUUUGAGAAUCUUGUCGACGUGGUUUCAUUGGGGACGUGAGCUUGCGUGAUCGAUGACGGCGAGGGCAACACCUUGAUGGGCCCCAAAGAUAACAUGCAAAAAUGGGUCGAGACAGACCCAGACCAUCCGGAUCCCAUGCAUGGCUGGAGGUAUACCAUGAGCUCGUUGUCGGCGAUGAUGAGACAAUACGAGGAUAAGACAUUUGCGGCAGGAGGGGGUGGGCGGUCUUUUGCUGGCGUUGGUCCGGCAUCGAUGCAACCAGGAGACGGGAUAUGUCUUCUUCAUGGAGCACGAACUCCGUUCUUGCUGCGUAAAGCAGAAGGAGAGGAUCCAGUAAUCGUUGGAGCGUGUUAUGUCAAAGGAAUAAUGGAAGGACAGCUCAUGGAGCCGGAUACUACCG